AUGUUUCCCAGACGCAAGCUCCCACUCGCAGCUACAGAACAGCAAGACCCCCUUACAAGCGACACCUGCGAAGCACUCACCAACUCAACCUCUCAGAGCCUGGCGCAGCACAAUGCGACCUCCCGCCACCAACGCUGCAAAUUGAGAGACCAAACGACAGCGUACCCCUCAGCACACCAUCAAAGCUGCAUCCAGAUAUGGAGGCACCCUGCCCAGAGUUUCCAAGAGAGACACUUCUAG